AGGUCACAAACUACCAACUGCCAACUGCAUGCCAUCUACCAUAGAUAGUUAGUAUGCAACUACCAACUGCCAACUACCAACUGCGAACUGCCAACUCCCAACUGCCAACUGCCAACUGCCAACUGCCAACUACCAACUAGGCAUUUGAACUAUCAAGUAGUAAUCUAUGUAACUACCAACUACGCCGUUGAACUAUCAAGUAUCAACUGCGAACUACCAACUAGGCAUUUGAACUAUCAAGUAUAGGGCCACCGUAGUAUCAGGAGUACGAGUGCAGCACUCCUGCUUGUAUCAAGAGUAGAUAGUAGCUAACAGUAACUCUUAACUAACGGUAACACAGAGAGAUUCCCCCAACAUUAGAAGGUUCUAUGGCUGUCAUUGAACAACUUCAAAGCAAGCAGUCUGCAGGUCAGCUUGUUAUAAACCACUAUUCCGAGAUUGGCUACUGCUAUGACAAUUUAUAUGGUGGGUUUUCUUCAGCUGUUAUCAGUGUAAUAUCACGACAGCUUCAGUUUAGCUCAACUGAAACCGUAUUAGACAUUGGAGGAGGAACUGGUGAAAUUGGUCACCUGCUGUCAAAAAAGUAUUCUCUACAAGCUCCUGUAAUUUGUGUCGAUCCUGUCGAGUCUAUGUUGGAAAUAGCGAAGAAAAAAGAAGGCAUAGAAACAGUUCUCGCUACUGCUGAAAAGUUCUUCUCCUCAAAAGAGUCCAAAGGAAAAACUUUCAGCAGAAUAUUAGUGAUCAGAUGUUACCACCAUUUCAAGGAUCCGGCUUUAGUUUUUGAAGGAGUGGCAAGAAUGCUUACGCAGGAUGGAGUUUGUUUGUUGCUAUGUACAACGCCAGAUUCUGCACCUCUCCUGUUCCAAAAGGCACGACAGCUGUUUCAGUUUGUUGACUACCCAAAGAUUGUUAAACUUGUCGAAUCUCAGGGGCUUAGGGCAAGGUGGAUUUCUGAUCACGAGAAACGAAUGCUAGCGAAAGAAGAUUGUUUUAGUUUCCUGAGAAACAGAGGAUAUUCGUCACUGUCAAGCUUCACAGAUGAUGAGAUUGAAGAUGGGAUCAAAGAGCUCGAUGAGCAAUACAAAGAUAAUACGAUUGAAGCCGUGUACACAUUUAACAUAGUAAUCAUUACGAAAUAUUAAGUUUUCUUAAGAAUCGCUUGUACAGUUUUUAUUGUCUUUUCCUUACGAUAUACUGUAUAUAUAUACAUAAAAAUUUGACCUCUGCA